GCCCACAUAAUCAAUUUACACAUUGUAGGCGUGGUCUCAUAGAGAAAAUUAAUUGAGAACAGACUGUCCCUGCCGUUUCUUUCAUUUUGAGAAGAUGUCCUGGACUAAAAAAUCAACUUUUGCGUCUUUGCCGUACACACAGCGAGCAACUGCACUCGUUCUUAACGGAGACCCCAAGGGGAAGAACUUCCUUUAUUGCAAUGGAAAGACCGUCUAUAUUAGAGACAUAGACAACCCUUCAAUUUGUGAUACUUAUACACAACAUUCCACUAAAGUUAAUGUCGCUCAGUACGCUCCUUCUGGCUAUUACAUUGCCUCCGGAGAUGAUCAUGGUAAGUUAAGGAUCUGGGAUACGGUGAACGCGGAGCACAUUUUGAAAUACGAGUAUCAGCCUUUUGCUGGGCCUAUCAGAGAUAUAGAUUGGUCUCCGGAUAGCAAGAGGAUAGCUAUUGGUGGACAGGGACAAUCAAGCUUUGGUGCUUGCAUAUUAUGGGACAGUGGAUCAACUGUUGGUGAAAUCAAAGGUCACUCUAAGGCAAUCAACUCUAUUUCUUACAAGCCAACAAGGCCUUUCCGUAUUGCUACUGCCAGUGAGGACACAACUUGCGCCUUUUUUGAAGGACCUCCAUUUAAAUUUAAGCACACAAUGAAGACUCAUUCACGUUUUGUUAAUGCGAUCCGGUUCUCACCGAAUGGAGAGUUGAUAUGCAGUGGGGGCUCUGAUUGUAUUGCUGCUCUGUAUGAUGGUAAAACUGGAGAGCUGAUGAGCAAACUAGGAGGAGACAAGGCUCAUGCUGGAGGAAUAUAUGGUGUAUCAUGGAGUCCGGAUAGCUCACAUCUCAUUACUGCAUCGGGCGACAAGAGCGUUAAACUAUGGGAUGUUGCCACUCAAACUAGCAUCAGUCAGUUUAAGAUUGGGAGUACUAUUGAGGAUCAGCAGCUUGGCUGUCUCUGGCAAGGAGAUUAUAUCUUAUCUGUCUCACUGUCUGGUGAUAUUAACUACCUCAAUAAGAACGACCCUGAAAAACCUCUUAGGGUUUUAACAGGCCAGAAUAAGAAUUUAACAAGCAUAGUAACAUCCUACGAUUCCUCAAAGCUUUACUGUGGCAGCAUGGAUGGCAAAAUCAGUGUCUGGACAACUGAUGCUGGCAACGUUAGCCUUGUUGCUGGUACAGGCCACACUAACCUGGUCUGCUCAAUGGCCGCUACUCCUGACAUCAUACAAACACUUGGACUUGAUAAAACUUCAAAGACUAUACUACCUGAUAAGAACGAAUAUACGUCUGAUGUAUUGUCGUUCCCUGAUCGUGACCCGACUGCAAUUGCUUACAGCUCAAAUGACGGAGUGUUUCUGGUUACUUCGUUGAAUGAGCUCUUCCUUGUUCGUGACGGCAAGAAAGUCUUCUCAUUGCCAGUCACUGGUGAAGCCUUGUGUGCUUCGUUUCAUCCCAAUAAACCCUAUGUGGCUGUUGGAUAUAAAAACUCGAGAGCUAUCGUGUACAGCAUUGAAGGUGACAAAUUGAAUGAGUUUAAAGAGUUUGAGGUCAAAGGUGAAGUGAAUGCUAUUGGAUAUGAUCCUUCAGGAGAGCUCCUGGCUGCUUCUGGCUCAGCCAGGCCAGUCUUUUUAUAUGAAACUACAAGCUAUACAUUCAAAAAGGAACUGUUGAAGCAAAAUGCCCGAGUGAGGUCUCUGGCCUGGUCACCUAACGGUAAGAGGAUAGCAACAGGGGGAGUUGAUUCGAACGUCUGUAUUUAUAAUAUUGAUGCCAUUGAUCACAUUGAAAUCAAAGGUGCUCACCCAAUGGACGUAGUGACUGGUGUAUCUUGGAUUAAUGAUAACACUGUUGCUUCGUGUGGCAACGAUGCUACCAUUAGGAUAUGGGAGUACUCUGCUUGAAACAUUCUCUGUUUCUCUUUUAAAAACUUGAGCUACUUGUAUUAGUUAGCAUAUUCUCUUUUUAUAGUGUUUUUUUGUAGUUUUGAUAGUUAUAGAUUAUGAUUUUAAUCA